GGAUGGUCCUAGUCACACAAUAUUAAAGACACCCAUCACUGAGAGGACGAGCAAAGCGUCCAAGACAUCCGUUGCAAUUAACGAAUUGACCAGAGACUGGGCAGCACAGGGCAUUGAUUGCUGGUGCCCAACCGGACCCUCCUCUCCUCCUCCCCAUUCCUCCCCCGACCCGAGUCAGGCUCCAGCGGCAGCCGGGACCGCGCGUCCCUGCUUCGUGGCGGGGGCUGCAUUUUUCAUGAGCCCGGGGUGAACAGGUGCGAAGUGCGCUGGAGACAGCCGGCCGGCCGCCGGGCGCAGGAACCAUGGAGAGCGAGCGCGACAUGUACCGCCAGUUCCAGGACUGGUGCCUCCGGACUUACGGGGACUCAGGCAAGACCAAGACGGUGACCCGUAAAAAAUACGAACGGAUCGUCCAGCUCCUCAACGGCUCCGAGUCGAGCUCCACGGACAACGCCAAAUUUAAAUUCUGGGUUAAAUCGAAGGGCUUCCAGCUGGGCCAGCCGGACGAGGUCCGCGGGGGAGGCGGCGGCGCCAAGCAAGUGCUCUACGUGCCGGUCAAGACCACGGAUGGCAUAGGGGUAGAUGAGAAGCUGUCCUUACGGCGGGUAGCUGUGGUUGAAGAUUUCUUUGACAUUAUCUAUUCGAUGCAUGUGGAAACAGGGCCAAAUGGAGAACAAAUCCGUAAACAUGCUGGACAAAAGAGAACUUACAAAGCAAUUUCAGAGAGCUAUGCCUUCCUACCAAGAGAAGCGGUGACACGAUUUCUAAUGAGCUGCUCAGAGUGCCAGAAAAGAAUGCAUUUAAACCCAGAUGGAACAGAUCAUAAAGAUAAUGGAAAACCUCCCACUUUGGUGACCAGCAUGAUUGACUACAACAUGCCAAUUACCAUGGCCUAUAUGAAGCACAUGAAGCUGCAGCUGCUAAACUCACAGCAAGAUGAGGAUGAAAGUUCAAUAGAAAGUGAUGAAUUUGAUAUGAGCGAUUCCACACGAAUGUCAGCUGUGAACUCUGACCUUAGCUCCAACCUUGAGGAGAGAAUGCAGAGUCCCCAGGCUUUUCAUGGCCAGCAAGAUGAUGAUUCUGCGGCAGAGAGCUUUAAUGGCAAUGAGACUCUGGGGCACAGUUCAGUUGCUUCAGGGGGAACGCACAGCAGGGAGAUGGGUGACUCCAAUGGUGACGGCAAAACGGGGCUGGAGCAGGACGAGCAGCCUCUGAACCUGAGUGACAGUCCCCUCUCAGCACAGCUGACUUCGGAAUACAGAAUAGAUGACCACAGCAGUAAUGGAAAAAACAAAUACAAGAAUCUUCUAAUUUCUGACAUCAAGAUGGAACGAGAGGCAACCGAAAAUGGAAGCAAGUCUCCUGCACAUAGUUACUCAAGCUACGACUCUGGCAAAAAUGAGAGUGUAGAUCGAGGCGCAGAGGACCUAUCACUAAACAGGGGAGAUGAAGAUGAAGAUGACCACGAUGACCAUGACGAUUCUGAGAAAGUUAACGAGACAGAUGGCGUGGAGGCAGAGCGACUGAAAGCUUUUAAUAUGUUUGUCAGGCUGUUUGUAGAUGAAAACUUGGACCGAAUGGUCCCAAUCUCUAAGCAGCCCAAAGAAAAGAUCCAGGCUAUCAUUGACUCAUGCAGGCGACAAUUCCCUGAGUACCAAGAACGUGCCAGAAAACGUAUACGUACUUACCUCAAGUCCUGCAGGCGGAUGAAAAGAAGUGGUUUUGAGAUGUCUCGACCUAUUCCUUCCCACCUUACUUCAGCAGUUGCAGAGAGUAUCUUGGCUUCAGCCUGUGAGAGUGAGAGUAGAAAUGCCGCGAAGAGGAUGCGUCUGGAUAGACAACAGGACGAGUCGGCUCCAGGUGACAAACAGUGUAAACUAGAGGCGACCCAGGCCACUUACUCAACCUCAGCAGUUUCAGGUUCACAGGAGGUGUUGUACAUCAACGGAAAUGGAACGUACAGUUACCACAGUUACAGAGGGCUAGGAGGGGGACUGCUCAAUCUCAAUGAUGCUUCCAGUAGUGGACCCACGGAUCUCAGCAUGAAGAGGCAGUUGGCAACUGGCUCAGGAUCCUCUAGCAGUUCAAGCUCCAGACCCCAGCUGAGUCCGACUGAAAUCAAUGCCGUGAGACAGCUCGUGGCAGGAUAUCGAGAAUCAGCUGCAUUUUUAUUGCGUUCUGCAGAUGAACUGGAAAAUCUUAUUUUACAACAGAACUGACUCAAAUGACGGGCCUAGUCGCUGAGGCCUAAAUUUGCAGUUUCCACUAAUGACAUUUUGAUUUCCCAGCAGAGAUGCUUGUGGUCUUACUGGAGUCUUAAGAGAAAUACUUCCAUUAUGCCACAUUGUCCUUGAUCCUUAAAGUGAUGUAUUAGGGUGCUUCACAGGAACUCUGACCUCUGAAGUACUUGAGACACUUUGUGUCCAGCCUACUGCUUUUUGUUUUUAGUGUGUCAGCAUAACUAUCUGGGGCAAAAAAAAAAAAAAAGGCUGUAUAUUCCAAAUUCAAGGACGAAAGAGAAGAAGCUCGUGGUAUAAAAACUUGUUCAAGAUCCAACCAAAAUAUUAGUGGAAUUUACUACUGAUCUAUUGGACUGAAAGCUGCAGUAUCUGGCAAAAAAAUAAAUCAAUAAAAAGCCAAAAUUUCUUGUUGCUACAGGAUAUAACCAUGAAAAGGAUCUUGUAUUUUAAAAAAUAUAUAUAUAUAUGUAAUUUUUAUAAAAAGAAAACUUGUUUUUCAUUCAAACUUGUCAUUUUUACUUUGGUAACUUUUCCAUAGGUCCUAAAAGAAAACUGUUUUGAGAAAACUACUGUAAGUACCUUUUCCACAUCCCUUUGCCUUCUCCUCUUUCCAAAUUCUUUCUACAAAGAUAACACGAUGCUGGAAAAAAAAAAAAUCUUGACUAUGUUCUUUAAAUCCUCAUAUCAGGAACUACUUCCAAGAGAAGCCUGCAUUUCGGCGCUCAAGCAUCUCACGCAACCCUGCAGCUUUACCAUAGAGAUAUGCAUCACAGAAUUUUUUAAUAUUAAAAAGACAUACCAUUGGGAAAAAAAAAGCAUCACACCGUGGUUUCUUCCAGUUUCCCCCCAGAUUGCCGCUGCUGUCUUACAGACAUCCUUACAGCAGCAACUGGAUAUAGAUGACUGAAUGUUAAAGAGAUUGCAAGUGACAAUCUGAAAAUUUGCACUCUUGUGUGUAGUUUUCUUUUCAUUUCUCUAUUUCAGAAAUAGUUUCCAAAAAAGACCAUUACCUCUCUGAUAUGAUUUGUAUGAUUUACAGUUCCAGGUAAAAAUGAUGUCAAGAACUCUCAGUGGCUACAGCUGCAAUUUACAAUGAACUGUCCCCUCCGAUUCCCCACAUGUUGCCCUUCCUUCUUAUUUCAUUGUGUUGGGUACACACGAAUGGUGUUUUCUUUGUGCACUGAGGCAAGCCUAUUUUUAAAAUAUUUAGGGAGAAAUCCAUCAGUUUAUGCUUCUUGUACAAUUUUUUUCUGUUGUUUAGCUUUGGUUGGAUUACAGAUUCUUUGUGCAUUCCUGAAUUUGCCUUAUUUCAUGUAAAAUGUAUGUCAUUCAGUUUUUGAUAAUGAGUUAAGGCAUCAGUGAUAUUUCUUAUCUACUUGUUACAUAUAGUUUUUCAAGUAAUGACUGUGAUUGUGACCAAGUAAUGUGCACUUUUUCUUGUAACUGUGGACAUUGCUAUGCUUUUUUCUUCUAGUGUUUCUAGAAUUACUGUUCCUUACAGUUACGUAAACAAAAAACAAAAACAAACAAAAAAAAACCCUUUUGUGAUACUGUUGGUGACUAUAAUGUGAAAAUCUUAUUGAAAUAUGAGUAUUUUGGAAAUACAUAGAUGCACAAACAUCUUUUAAGGUGUGGAUUUAGAGUUUGCUUAUUUAAAUGAAAAUUCAAAAAUUGAGGGCUGGUAUAAUUUUCUCUGUUUUGUUGGGUUUAAUAAACAGAUUUCUGUGUUAAAA